AUGCAGCCUGAGCCUGCAGAGUUUACCUUGCAAGAAACUGGAAUAGAUCAAGAAGGUAAUGCAGUGCAUUGCAGUUACUUGCGGGUCUUUGGACCCCUCCGACUUAGGUGUCACGAGGCCUCGUCCUUACAGAAGAUGCCAUACGAUGAGCGGUACACGGAGUACAUCGAGCCGCUAGGUCUACUUCCAUUCAUCCAUAUGGCUCCUGAUGAGAUUGUAAACAAGAGGGGUGAGAAAUUAAGGGUCUCCGCCGGGGCUACUUUCACUUGGAUCUCACAGAACUUCAAGACAUGCCCGGAGGGAGCCAGCCGUGAUGUGAUUAAGCUAUACGCACGUGUGUAUGUGUGGUAUGUUAUCACGAGAACUCUAUUUCCUGACUGUAGUGGGAAUACCGCUCAGUGGCACUGGUUGAAGGCGUUAACCAAAAUGGAGACUAAAUGGAGUUGGGGUUCGGCGGCAUUGGCCUUCUUGUACCGCCAGCUGGACGAAGCUUGUUGCAGGAUCGGUAAGGACGCUUGCAUUGGUGGUCCGUUGCUUCUUCUAUCGAUUUGGAGCUGGGAGCGCUUCCCUGUCGGAAGGCCUCGUGUUCUCGAUUACAAGAAUUACAAUGAUCACGGCAACCAGUUGCGGCGACCCACUUGGGCUUAUCGCUGGGACAUUGUCUCCGAGUUCGGUGGCGACCCAAUAGCGGCCUAUCAGACGUACACCAACGAGUUUGAUAACCUAACACCGGAGCAGGUGGAAUGGGAGCCAUAUGGUCCUCGAUCGGAGCUUGGUCAUUUGUUUGCAUCACAUCGUACGGAGAUCCAGAAGCAAGCAGUUGAGCAUGAGACCGCUUUGGAGUCGUUUCCACAUGGUGAGAAGGGCGAGAGUUCAUUUCGAGAAUUUGUGAAGCGCCAGGGCCAGAAGCUACGUCGGUUGUUGAACCUACUUGGUUGCCGUGAUCCUGAGAUUAUGACGCCGUCCCAAUCAAGGUCCGCAUCGCCCUCCGACCAAGAUGAUGCGAACAACUCCAAUUCUACUGCCCGUGACGAGGAGGUUUCCGAUGAGGCCGAAGGUGAACCUGAGGUGGAUGAGGAUGAUGAGGAAGUGCCAUUGGGCAAGUAUGUGAAGAAUAAACGGUCCGCGUACAAGUUGAAGCCAAGAAAGCAACGGCAAGAUAGGUACACACCGGACGCAUACGCCAAGGCUCCGGCCGCAAGGAAGGCCAGGAAGAAAGCCGUCAUCGAGUCUGAUGAAGAAGAGCACAUGGAGCCACGUCAGAAGAUUCCGCCUAGGAGGGGAGGCAAGACCAAGCGUGCAAGAAAUUAG